AUGGAACCAUCCCUCCGCCUCGUUCCUGCUCCCUCUCCCAAGCACGCAUCUCUCAAGGAAACUGCUAACAGCUUAGGGCUGCACGACACCCUCGAAUAUGGCCCGCGAAGUUUUGCUGCGGAAGUCGCGACGACGAGUGGGAUCAGAGAUAGACUGCAGAACUGGCAAGAGACCCAAGACAACCUGCACCUAACAAUGCAGCGGAAUUUGUACGGCCUGCAUAUGCCGAUGCGGCUACUGAUGGAGAGGCAGAUGGUCACCCAUAGUCCACACAUGCCCGCGCUCCGCCGGUCCAAUAUCCACCUGGACAUCCUCAUGGGUCGCGACGAGACGCUCGAGUGCGCAGACUUCAUGAUGCCAGUAUCGGAACUCGCGCAGCCGCUGAGUAUUCACGGCGAGAUGGAAAAGAAGCUCCGCAUGUAA